UUUCUCUAUUUAUAUAUAUAUAAAAAAAAAAACCAAACGGAUAUAAUCGAAAAAGAAAAAAAAAUUCUACCCAUAUGAACCCUAAUUUGGGGUUGGAAUACUCUCUCUUUCCUUUCCCAAAAUUGGAUUCAAAGUUCUUCCUUUUUGUCUCUCCUCGUACCUCGCAGCAUCGAGGGGUCUCGACAUUCCCAGCGAUUAUGCUUGAAUCCUUUUGUUGAUGAAUUGCGUCAUUUGCUAUAUUAGGAGGACGAAGGGACUUAAAGAGCAAGUCUUUUGAGCUGAGGAAGCCUCUAAAGAAGAUUAAUUUUGUAAGGGUUUGAUCAGUGUUUGUGCGGGAUGGAUCAAAUUGUUUCAGGAGAAGAAGAUCUUGAUGUUGAUAUUGAAGGUGGUAGAUUCGACGAGACACAAGAGAUCACCUCGGAUCUUGUUUUAUCAGAAGAAAAAUCAGAGGAUGAUGUUUUGGAACAGGUUUGGAGUGGACGUUUGAGCUAUGAUGGGUCUGAAAAGGUUGCUGAUGAUCUGAUAAACCCGUUAAUGGGAGACGGAAAGCGGAGAGAAAGAAGCAGUCAAAGUUUGGACCUUUCGGGCAGAAAAUUCGAUAGUGUUAAGCUUAAGAAGACGAGGAAGCCUUCAAAGCCGCCGAGACCUCCAAAAGGUCCGUCACUGACUGCAAAUGACCAGAAGUUGAUGAGGGAAAUCGCGGAGCUCGCUAUGAGAAAGCGUGCUAGGAUUGAACGUAUGAAGACAUUGAGAAGAAUGAAAGCAGCAAAGUCAUCGUCUCCCUGCAGUAGCGUUUUCGCAAUGAUAGUCACGGUUAUAUUCUUCGUCUUCCUAAUUUUUCAAGGGUUCUUCACAAGCAAUGCAAGUUUGAAUUCAGACAAUUCUCCUGCACCAACUGUUUCAGCCAAUAACCGUAUGGUCUCUGUUCAGUUCUACAAUGAGUUUGCUCCUCGCGAGAGAAUCGAUCCCAGCCCAACUACUUCUUUCAGGUAUAAGAGAGUUUCGGGUGCAGACAAUGAAGAAAUCACCAGAUGAGUUCUCUUCGGAUUCUUGUAACGUAAACCAAAAACAGUACUUAUGUUUUUGUUUUGUUCGUAAAUUCUUGACAUCACUCUAUUGUUCCUUUUGCUCUGUUCUUGUGCUCACAUGUUUGUCUCUGUGUUGCUCUGCUUGUAUAUAUUCCUGUGGAUGAAUCUGUUCCUUUUUUUUUGAGGUUAGGCUUUGUACAGCGACCUGAGUGUUAUGACCUAAAGCAAUGAUGCUGAUGAUGAUUGAUGAUGAUUAGGCUUUUCAUUG